AUGCCAUCUCCUCAUCCUGAUAAUGAUUUGAUUAAUGAAAAUGAUCUUAUUGCUCAAAAUGUUUCUUGUGAAAAUGAAGAGGUUACUAACCUUUCUGAUAACAAUGCAGAUGUGAUAGAACGUGAUGAAGAUGGAUGCGAUGACGAAUGUGGUGGUUCAAAGAUAGGCAUAGGCUAUUCAGGCGACAGUUAUUCCACCGUUAACUGGUUCGCCUGGAAUUGUAAUAAGGAAAACAAUACUUCGUUUCAAAAUGACUGUAAUGGCCAUGUGCCUAAAUUUAACAUUCGGGAUGACCGUAAUGGCCGUGUGCCUACAUUUAAAAACCACAACCACGACAAUGUGGUGAUUGAAUGUCAUGAUUUAAAUUCUGCUUUUUGUGAUGAAAAAGUUGUGUGUAAACCUCCCGUGUUUGUUCCAGAAUUGAAACAAAACAGAUUCGGAAAAUUCCUCACCGAGGAAAUUCCAAAAUUUGUUCCAUCUCAUACAGGUGUGUCAGAGUCUGAUAAGGAGCCAAAUGAAGAAAGCAGCAGUGAAGACUCAAGCACCACAACUUCAGAAGGUGGCGAAGGAAACUCAAAUGAGGAUCGUGAUUCGGAUUUUCAGACAUAUCAAGAAUGGGAAAGCUCAAAUGACUCAGAAACUUCAGUAACAAAUGCUGAUAAAAAGAUUGAAAACCUUGAACCGUCGGGUGUUCAAGAACCAACGACCCCAAAUGACUCUGCAGGUCUUGAUGAUCGAGAUCCAUUGGAAAAAGACUUCCACAUUGAUGAUUGCACGAGUUCAGAUGAUGAAUCAAAGACAAAUGAAAGUGUUGGGGAGUCAAAAUCAAAAGAUCAUCUGAAGUUGUCGAACAUCACGUCUGUCAACAUGCUGAGACAAGCUCAAAGCAAUCCCCUCCCCUUGUUGCAUCACACGGAACUGCAAAGUCUCAAAAGCCAUUCAAGGAUUGUUUUAGGUGUGGAAAAGAAGGUCAUGUGA